AUGCUACAGGGACAGUUCCUGAACGUGGAACACAAAUAUACCUCGCAAAGUGAAGAAACACAAACAGACAAAGAAUAUUUAUUAUGGAAUCGUUCAGCAGCUAAUUCUCUUCGAAUUUCAUCUACUUUGGUCGAUUUAUUGUUAAAGGAAUUGGAUAAUAUUUCUGCAGAAUUGCCUCUUUUGAAAGUUAUGAACGUUCUGUUUGGGAAAAUGAUUUUGGAAAGGAACAAAAAAGGAAUUUUUCUACAACUUUUAAGAGAAAUUGAAUUGCCUAAGGUUUAUUAUUUUUAAAAUCUGAGUAGGGGAGUAGAUAAGUUUAGAAGGAAGAUGUCAUUUUGCAUCAUUUAAGACGCUUAGGUAGGGAUUAGUUUUUUCUAUACAAUUGAAGAAUACGGAUCCUGAUAUCGAAAAUUUUGGUCCGGAUCCGGGGAUUUCCCGGGAUUUAUUAGCGAAG